CAAAAAAAUCAACAACAACAACAAAAAAUUAUUAUAAAUGAAAUAUAAGUCAAAGGCUAUAGCGAGCAACGUCUGUAUUAAGCCGUCAAAAGUUGAUGGAUAAAUCCAACAGAGAAAGUGCGUCAAAGUGUGACAACGAAUAAACCCCACUCCCCCGCCUCUCCCCAACUCUCACCCCUGAAAAAGGAGGGUGGCUGCCUAAGCCCGAGAUGGGUGAUUGACAGUUUUGGAUUUUAUGCGUCGACAAAACGUUAAAAAGAAAAAAACUCCUCACUCCCUGCUCGUCUACUCUCCGCUCGUCUUUGGCAUCCAAAUCCAACAAAAGUGUGUUUAUUUGGGCAACGCAGAUUGUCACGCAGAGGCUUUAUGCAUCUGAGUUUAGCAAUGAUGCAAACUUUGAAGCCACCUCCACCGGCCUUAGCGACAUCGGCAGGAUUGCUACACCACAGUCACAGCCAUACACAUUCACAUCCACAUCAUCAUCAUCAUCCGCCACCGCCUCCUCACCUUCAUCACCAAGCACAUGGCCAUCUUGCUCCGCCACCACCACCACCACCGUUGUCAUUGCCACCUCCCACACCCGCCAUGGCCAUGCUGCCACACCACAUGGUAUCUCCCCAGAGUGGUCAUCCGUCGGUUGGCCAGCAGCCCAUGGGUUUGUUGUGUGGUCCACCAACACAUCUCAACGGCAUGGAUAUUACACUUCCCCAGCAUUUGCAAAAUUCCCCCCUGCCACCUCCUCCGGAGGCCACCUCACCGGCUACACAACUACAACUGCUACAGCAACAGCAUUCGUCUAGGCUGUUAUUACCACCACCCACAAAUGGCCAUAGUUCGGGGCCAUUAAUACCGGGCAAUGGCAGUGGUCCACAGCUACAAUGUGCCAGCUCCCCGUGUUCCUCCUCCUCGGCGAUGGCAGUAAAUGACUCAACAACAACGGUUUCAUCAGCAGCAACAACAACAGCAGCAGCUCUGGAUUUGGUCGAUGGCAACAACAGCCGAAGUGGAGGUGGUGGCAUUGCUGGCCUCCAGCAACAUCGUCAACAUUUGUCCGUUGCUGAGAUUAGCAACAAUGGCAACACCAACGACCAGGAUGACCCAAAUCCUGAAAUGAUAUUGGCUUUAAUCUCAAGAAACCGAGAGCUCGAAGCAACAAUACCCAAAUGUGGAGGCUGUCAUGAACUGAUACUGGAUCGAUUCGUUUUAAAGGUGCUGGAACGGACGUGGCAUGCCAAGUGUUUGCAGUGCAGCGAGUGUCAUGCCCAGCUGAAUGAUAAAUGUUUCGCCCGCAAUGGCCAGCUGUUUUGCAAGGAGGAUUUUUUUAAGCGUUACGGAACGAAAUGUUCCGCUUGUGAUAUGGGUAUACCGCCGACGCAAGUGGUGCGUCGCGCUCAAGACAAUGUCUAUCACCUGCAGUGUUUCCUCUGUACGAUCUGUUCGCGCACCCUCAAUACCGGCGAUGAAUUCUACCUCAUGGAAGAUCGUAAGCUAGUGUGUAAGCGGGACUAUGAAGAGGCUAAGGCGAAAGGUUUAUAUUUGGAUGGCUCCUUAGAUGGUGACCAGCCGAAUAAACGACCUCGCACCACAAUAACCGCUAAACAAUUGGAAACCCUCAAAACCGCCUACAACAACAGUCCGAAACCUGCGCGGCACGUGCGUGAACAGCUAUCACAGGAUACGGGUCUAGAUAUGAGAGUAGUACAAGUCUGGUUUCAAAAUCGAAGAGCGAAAGAGAAACGUCUGAAAAAGGAUGCUGGCCGAACAAGAUGGAGUCAAUAUUUCCGCUCAAUGAAGGGCAGUUGUUCCCCCAGAACCGAGAAAUUCCUAGACAAAGAUGAUCUUAAAGUCGAUUAUGAUAGUUUCAGUCAUCAUGACCUCAGCAAUGACAGCUAUAGUACCGUCAAUUUGGGUUUAGAUGAGGGAGCCUCACCACAUUCGCUGCGUGGCUCCUAUCUGCACGGUAGUUCAAGUCCUUCACAGUAUCCAUCUAGUCGCUCGCCCCCUCCAGUGGGGCAAAAUCACUCCUUUGGUUCAUAUCCCGACAAUAUUGUCUAUACGAAUAUAGAUCACAAUUCCGCAUCGAAUCUACAUGGCUCCAAGUCGCAAUCCCGCUUACAUGCCGGCAGUGCUGUCUCGGACCUGAGCAAUGACUCCAGUCCCGAGCAAGGUUUUCCCGAUUUCCCACCCAGCCCGGACUCAUGGCUAGGCGAUACGGGGACCAAUCCAAAUCCGAACUCCAAUCCGAAUUCGGCCACAGCCGGUGGUGUACAUUACUGAUACUCAAACAUUCUCUUUAGAUAUUUUCAAAUGCAAUCGCGUAAUCUAUUGAUGGCCUCUCAGAGUAAUGAUCCAACGUCGGCGGCGACGGCGAAUCUGAGUCUAAUGGAAAUCGAUGAACCCGAAGAUGCUGCUUCACCUGCUGUGCCACCAAGUGCCGAGCAAAAAUCAUAACAUUUUGAAGAUACUAAAGAUAACAAGUGAUGGCCGUAUGGAAUCAUCGAUCGAUUAUGGAGUUUAUCCUCUUUUGUAAUAUGUUUUUAAUUGUCCCCUCUCUCUCUCUCUCUCGCGCUCGCUCUCCCAUUUUCUCUUUAAGAUGAAAUUGUUAUUUGUGUUUAAGAAGUCAUAAUUUAAGAAGAAAUCUAUCGUAAGAGACCCGGUACUUCGAGUUUGCUCAAAAAUGUUUGUUAAACCUCCAGAAAAAUGAGAACCAGUGGCCUUUUUUGGGGGAUGGGAAGGAGGAAGGAAUUCAGAUUUUUUUAUGAUGAGUUUGGAAGAUUUUCUCGUAAAGGAGGAGAACAACAAUCGAUGAUCUUUAUGAAAAUUUCGACGGAUUUUAUUACGAGAAGAUCAUUGGAUCUAGAAAGGAGGAUCCAUCCAUUCUCAGAGGAAGAUCAGCUGAAAUUCUUAUUAAAAAUCAUAGAUAGAUUUUUUCUUCUCUGGAGAUUUUCAUAGAUUCAUGAACUAACCGAUCAACUUUUAAAAAAAAAUGAUAUUUUGUUUCCUGGAAAGACCAAUAGAUCUUGCCUACCUACAUAUCAAUUCGUUAAAAAAUAGAUGAAUUCAUUCCAAAGAAACAAAAUCAGGAGAGGCUAUUCACAUAUAUUCGAUAUAUGGUAUUCUGAGAAAAUUAGCAGAUAUAUUCGCAAGAAAAUGGAGCAAUCUCCUCGUGGGAAGAACUAUUGAUUCUCAAAACAGAAUUUAAAGAUUUUCUCUUAAAAAAGGAACAGAUCUCUUCAUAAAAAGAAGAUAGAUAAUCGGAAGAAAAUUAGCAGAAAAUAUUAGCAAAAGAUCCAAUGAAAGAUCAAUGGAUCUCCUCAUGAGAAGAAAAAUUGUUUGCCGUAUGAGAAGACCAAUAGAUCGCUUUAUUAAAAGGCCUGAUAUGUUCUUCAGCAGAAAAUCUACGAAUCUUUUUAGGAGGAGAUCGAUAGGUCUAGAAGGAAGUUUAUAACAUAAAUUGAUAGGUGUUCUAAUAGAAUGAUCAAUAGAUAUCUAAUUGAGAAGAUCGAGAGAACGUUCUCAGCGAUGAACAACAGAUAUUCUAAUGAGAAAAUGAAUAAAUUCCCCCCUGCGAAGAUCGAUAGAUGCUCACAGGAGAAUUUACAGAUUUUCUCAUCAAUAGAUUUUGAAAAAACUUGACUUCACGAAAAAUCAGCAGGUUCUGCCCACUAGAAUAUAGAUUGAUCUCCUUCUGAGAAGAACGAUAGAUAUUGUCAUGAGAAUCUGCUGAGGCGAAGAAUAAUCUUAAAGAGAAAACUAUAAAAAAACCCAACUCCUGAAGAUCGACAUACUAUUUAAUGGGAGACCCUAAGCGACCCAUCACCUCAUGGAAGGAUUGCAGAAAAUAAACAGAUGUUCUCCCAAAAAAGGUCAGUGUAUCGAUCCCCACAUGAGAAACACAACAUGUUUACUUAAAGAGACUCUAAAUCUACUCAUAUCUUUAUGAAAGGAUCAAUCGAUGCUUUCAAGAAAAAAACAGAGAUUCUUUUUUUCUCAAGGCGAAUCCUCAAGAGAAAACUAUGAAAAAUUCUCCACGCGAGAAGAACGACACGAAGAGAACAAUAAGGUUACUCACAGAGACCCAAAAUCUAUUCAUAUCCUCAUGAAAGAAUCGAUCGAUCCUCGCAAAAAAAAAACAGAAUUUCUCCUUUUCUUUUCCCUCCAAAGGACAAUCUUCAAUAGAAAACUAUUGAAAAUACUUCAGUGGAGAAGAACGAAAUCUCUUUUUUAUGAGAGACUAUAAAAUCGACUCAUCCCCCAAAUAAAAGAAUGUCAGAAAAACUAACAGAUUUUCACAUAAAAAGAUCAGUGGUUCGAUCCCCACAUGAAAAUAUCAAUAAAUUUACUUGUAGAUGCCCUGUAUCGACUCAUCUCCUCAUAAAAGUAUCGAUCGAUCCUCGCAGGAUCACAAUAGAGUUUAUCCUUUUCCUUCUUCUCUAAAGGUCAAUAUUCAAGAGAAAACAAAGAAAAUUUCUCCACUAGAGGAGAACGACAUGCCUUUUUUAUGAGAGACCUCAAAUAGUCUCAUCUCCGCAUGAAAGGAUCUAUCGAUUCUCAAAGGAAAAAAAUAUGUUUUUUGCAUUUUUUUCGAUCCUCACAGGACAUUUUUUAAUUGAGUUCAUCACCAAAAAAAAGAUCGAUAAAUUUUCUCGAAGAAGAACAAGAGAUUUCCUCGAGUGGAGACCAAUAUAUCCGUAUCUCUUUGAGAACUCAUAGAUCUUCUUAUGAGAACACCGACCAUGAUUUAUUCUUGGUGAAAUCUAUGAAUUACCUAGAAGAAUACUCUGUCCCCCUCUCUCACACACACUGAGAAAACUGUUAGAUUUACUUAUGAGAAGAUCGCUGAUCAAUUCUUCAAGAAAUUGACGGAACUUUUCUAAAGAAGAUCGAUCCAUCCUUCAUAAUAAUAUAAAAUUAGAAGUUCUGGUGAAAAGAUAUUUAUCUUCUUUUCUAGAAGAAAAUCGUGGAAAUCUCUAGUUUAUCUAUGAGAAAAUUGAUCGAUCUUCAUAUUUGCGGAUGGACUCAUCAGUCUAUGAGGAUGAAUGGAUCUUUUUAUGAAUAGCCAAUUACGGUCUCUUUGAGGAUCGAUUAAAUUAAUCUUUGUAUGAGAAAAUCUGUUGUUUUUUCUAAAAAGAUUGAUCCUUUCAUGGAAAGAUGAGUCAAUUUAAGGUCUCUCAUCACAAAAGUAUGUCUAUCAUCUCAUGUGGGAACAUUAUGAUAAUUUUCUC